AUGAAGCGGCAAGCUGAGGAGAUGCUUUCAUCUCUUCCAUCCGAACUGAUUGAUGUGGCUAGGAUCACGCCCCGUCCCUCCCAUGCCAUCCCACAGAGACGUCCGGAUGUGACUCCCAACAUGCACAAGCUUGCUGCGUUCAAUCAUACCACGAAACACAAUGGAGGACCGACGGCGUCAUCGCCGGCUGCCAGUGAAGCCGCGUUCCUAUCCUCGCAUCAUGCUCAACAUCGUCAAUUCAGCUCCAACGCGAGCAUUGUCCUCAUCGGGCUUAGUGGAUCAGGGAAAUCGACCUUGGCUGUGAUGGCCGCCUACAAUCUUGGGCGACGGCUUGUCGACGCAGACAGCUACUGGAGAUCGGCAACAGGGCAAUCCAGACAUGAUUACAGAGCGAAGCAUGGCGAGGACGCCUACCAGCAGCGUGAAAUCGCGGUGUUGGAAGAUAUGCUAGAACGACACUCUGACGGAUGUGUGAUUGAAUGUAGUCCUGGCUGCUUCAAACGAAGGGGCCACUCGACCCUCAAAAGAUACGCCGUCUCACAUCCUGUCAUAUACAUCCAUAGAGAGCGAGAGCAAACACAACGCUACCUGCAGAACGUCAGGCCCGAGGAGAUCGAUCGACUGCUGAAGAUCAGCGAGCCACUGUACCUCACUUGCUCCAACUUCGAGUUCUACAAUCUUACAGAAAGGACUGUACCGGGUCACCGAGCCUUCCAGCCGCCAGAGCCAACAUUCACUCAGGAUGGCCAGCCUCGUUCCUUCUUGGCGCUGAAGAGUACCGAGCAGAGCUUUUUCUACUUUUUGAAGCGUAUCUUUGGCACCAGGGAUCCGCCCUUCUCCCAGACCAUGGAUCAGUUUCCAGUAAGCCCGCUUUCGGAAGCAAGGCCUUACACUUACCUAUUGUCGGUUUCUCCCCUAACUGAACCACAAGAACUCGAUACCGAUGACGAGUUGUUUGCCAGUCUAGAUGCGUACGAAGUCAAAGUCGACAUUGCAGCAUUCCUCGACGAGUCUCCAAACACUGACGAAACAAGAAGCUUGAUGAGAGCCUCCAUCGGCCGGACGUUCGCGUUGCUUCGACAACGUAGUCUCAUGCCCGUCAUUUAUCAUGUGGAGCUGGGGUCAGAUAGCGAGAUUCCUCAGGUGUACAUUGACUUGGUUCGUUAUGGGCUUCGCUUUGCUCCUGACUACGUGACGCUGGACCUCCGAUGCUCAGAAGAAAUGAUGCACUGUGUCAGAGAUGCCAGUGGCUCUACACAGCUCAUAGCUCACCGUUAUUAUCCCGCCCCUGGCAGAUACGGCUGGGAUAGCCGAGCCAGGCUCACUGAUUAUCUUCAAGCUUGGGACAGAGGGUGCGACCUUGUGCGCCUGGUUCAGCCUGGAGUCACAUUCGAAGACAACGACGCGGUUCAGAGACUCCACCACAAGAUUGAAGCAAUAUCAACCCAUCACCCCCCGCUAAUCGCAUACAACACCGGCAUUCAAGGCCGCUCUUCAGUGAUAUUCAACAAGACCCUCUCCCCUGUCAUCUCGGCAGAAAAUGGACGCGAGGACCGCCACUUGUCAGCCUGCAUAACUGCCCGGGAGGCACAAGAGGCCUUAUUUUCUUCGUUUGUCUUGCAACCAUUGAAGUUCUGGGUUAUUGGUGCCAAUGUUGAUGGUAGUUUGGCCCCGGAGAUGCACACUGCUGCCAGCAAAGCCUGGGGCAUCCACCACAUAUGGCAAGCGUGGACCUCAUCCUCCCUAGAAGCUUUCAUCCCGUUGACCGAAGACCCCCAGUUUGGCGGAGCCACGAUCUGCCUCCCGUUCAAAACCGAGAUAAUGCCACUCCUGCGCUCCAUCAGCCCGGCUGCAUCAAUGAUCGGGGCUGUGAACACGGUCGUUCCUCUUCGAUUCGAGCCAGACCCCAACAUUCCCUAUUAUUGCGACCGUCGAUUCCGAAGAAAUCAGGUCGGACCUGUUAAAGCUCUGCAUGGAGACAAUACUGACUGGAUUGGGUUUCGGGAUUGUAUAUCCAGAAACCUGUCACCUGCAAAUGCCGUCCGGCGCGGAACUUCUAGUCUGGUGCUUGGGGCAGGUGGCAUGGCACGAGCAGCCGUUUUCGCGAUGAUGCAAAUGAGCAUCGAGAACAUCUUCAUUUACAAUCGAACCCUUAGCAGAGCCCAAGCGGUGGCGGACCACUUCAACGGGAUGGAAAGCUUCGCUCUGGAUCCCUCGAGUGGCCAACAAGGCUCAACAAUACGAACAACAAAAGUACGGGUAAAGAUUCUGAAUGGUUUAGGUGAUCCGUGGCCAUCAGAGACAAGCUUGCCGACGGUGAUUGUUUCCACUCUUCCCACCUACUCGGUAGGGCAAGGGGGAGCCCCUGAUGUCGUUCUACCAGAGGCAUGGCUACAACACCCCUCAGGAGGCGUGUUCAUCGAAUUUGCGUACGAAUCGCCCCCAUCGCGACUUAUGAAGCAGAUGAGAUCCAAGGCUGGGCAAGGCUGGGUUGCGGUGGACGGCCUGGAUGUUCUACCUGCGCAAGGCUUUGCUCAGUUUGAGAUGUUCACCGGCCGAAUUGCACCCAGGAAAGUCAUGCACCUAGAGGCGCUUCGAGCUUAUACACGCCGAGCACCAGAGGACGAGCGCAUCAAGAUCGCUAGACGCCUGGUGGAUGUAGAAAAGGACGAUCGCCGGUACUGA